GACGAGAUAUUCAUCGUAAAUUAAAUUUAGACACAGUCCUGAGUCUACAUUCGUGGUGAGACCGGAUCUGCUCCUCACACCUGGCGCCUCACAUGCACAUGCACAUCCUACCCUUUGUGGUUGAGACGAGGUCCCUGCCGGUCUCUGACUCCUACCUCUAGUGGGCCUAAUAGACGGCGCACCGAGCCCGCGUCGAGCCUCUGCGACAUUUUAUCAAAGAUCCAGCGAGCAGCAUCCUACGAAACCAUGAAAUUCUUGUGUCCUAAAUGGAGAGCGACUGCAUGAACAAGCUUGCCACUCUCUUUCUCUUAUCAUGGGUCUCCCACAGACAUGAAGAGGUAUGCUUUCUCCUCCUUGCAUCUUCGGUUUCAGGUCCCUUACUCUUCUCACUUGGGUUAUUCUCAAAAUGCCGUUUCAUUCUUCUUCUUCUUCGGGAGCUUGAGCCGCAACUUUUCUUCCGUUGUCUACUCCGGUACCAGGCCUUUCCCCGAUUAUUCCCCGAAAAAACCCACUAUUAGAGAUUCCGAGUUUGUCCUUCACCUUUCAACCGCCAUUAAGCAACGCCGCUCCGAGCCCCUCCACCGAAUAUUAAGAUCAUUUGAAUCCAAAUUCAGGUCUGAUCACAUCAUCUGGGUACUCAUGAAAAUCAAGAACGAUUGCAAAUUGGUUAUUGAUUUCUUCGACUGGGCAUGCUUGCGUAAAGAUCCGUCGCUGGAAGUCCGUUGCAUCGUUGUUCAGAUUGCUGUGUCUUCCAAAAAGCCAAAGAUGGCACGUGGACUUAUCAGUGACUUCUGGACGAAGCCAAAUCUUGAUGUCGGUCUCUCAUUUAGUCAUUUUGUUGAACGGUUGAUUUACACCUAUAAAGACUGGGGUUGCAAUCCCCUCGUCUUUGACAUUUUCUUUCAAGUCCUUGUAGAGAUUGGCAUGUUUGAUGAGGCAAGGAAACUGUUUGACAAAAUGUUGAACUAUGGGGUGGUUAUCUCUGUUGGUUCCUGUAAUUUUCUACUCUCUCGUUUGUCAAACAUCUCUAAUGGGGCUGACAUAGCAUUGAAGAUUUUUAAUGAAUAUCCUGAGGUUGGUGUUUGCUGGAAUACUGCAUCAUACAAUAUUAUAAUUCACACUCUCUGUAGGUUAGGGAAAGUAAAGGAAGCUCACUCCUUUCUCCUUCAAAUGGAAUCAAAGGGGUGCUUGCCAGAUGCUAUAGGCUACAGUACUGUUGUUGAUGGCUAUUGUCAUGUUGGGGAGCUUCAAAGUGCAUUGGAGCUCAUAAGAGACAUGGGCACAAAAGGUUUGAAGCCGAACCCAUUUACCUACAAUAGCAUAAUCAUUUAUUUGUGUAGAAACAAUAAAGUAGUGGAAGCAGAGAGAGUAUUGAGGGAGAUGAUUAAUCAUGGUAUAGUUCCAGAUAAUGUCGUCUACACAACACUUAUUGAUGGGUUCUGCAAAUCUGGGAAUUUGCCUGCUGCAAAUAGACUUUCCAAUGAAAUGCGGAGCCAGAAACUUAUUCCUGACACUAUAACAUAUACUGCUCUGAUUUGUGGGCUUUGUCGAAGUGGAAAGGUGAUUGAAGCUGAAAAGUUUUUCCAUGAGAUGCUCAGUAAGGGAUUGAAUCCAGAUGAAGUUACUUAUACCACGCUUAUUGAUGGUUAUUGCAAGGCAGGUCAGAUGAAAGAGGCUUUUACUCUUCACAAUCAAAUGGUUCAGAUGGGACUGACCCCGAAUAUUGUAACUUACACAACACUGGCUGAUGGCCUCUGUAAACGCGGGGAGGUGGAAACUGCAAAUGAACUUCUCCAUGAGAUGUGCGGAAAGGGCCUGAAGCUGAAUAUUUAUACAUAUAAUUCACUAGUUAAUGGUCUUUGCAAGGCUGGAAAUAUCAUGCAGGCAGUUAAGCUCAUGGAAGACAUGGAGAUGGCAGGGCUUCAUCCAGAUACCAUUACUUAUACCACUCUAAUGGAUGCUUAUUGCAAGUUAGGACAGAUGGUACGAGCUCAUGAGCUUCUCCGUGAGAUGCUGGAUAAAGGGCUUCAACCAACAGUUGUGACAUUUAAUGUGCUUAUGAAUGGAUUUUGUAUGUCGGGGAUGCUAGAAGAUGGUAAGAGGUUACUAAACUGGAUGCUUGAUAAGGGUAUAAAGCCAAAUGCAACCACAUAUAAUUCUCUUAUGAAGCAGUACUCUGUUGGAAAUAAUAUGAAGGCAACCACUGAAAUUUAUAGAGGGAUGUGUGCUCAAGAGAUCAUGCCUGACAGUGACACCUAUAACAUAUUAAUAAAGGGGCAUUGUAGAGCCAGGAACAUGAAAGAGGCAUGCUACUUCCACACUGAAAUGGUUGAGAAAGGGUUUAGCCUCAGAGCUAGUUCUUACAAUGCACUCAUCAAGGGGCUCUAUAAAAAGAGGAAAUUUACUGAGGCAAAGACACUGUUUGAAGAGAUGAGGAAAGAAGGUCUUGUUCCAGAUAGAGAAAUAUACAACAUUUUUGUGGACCUAAACUAUGGAGAAGGGAACAUGGAGAUGACUCUUGAGCUUUGUGAUGAAGCAAUUGAGAGAUGUCUUCUUGGCAAGACACAUAAUGAACAGAAAUAACUUGAUUUGGUGCUUCAGUGGAACCCAAAGCUUUCUCACCUAGCAUCCCCAUUGAAUGCUCUGGGGCACCAAUACCUUUGGCAUUCUCAUAUUGGUGAUGUAUAACCAUGAAGUAUCUCCCUGUGAAGUUUUGUCCUGGAAAGGCCAUCAAUAUCUCUGGCUUGAGAUGCACAACUGGGUAUCGAGACAUAACAGGUUUUUAAGGAGGCUAUAUUUGUAUUGAAGACUAGCCUUUCACAUUUAUGUGAUCCUUUCUUCAUGGAUAGACCAUGUAGUCGUGUUGCAAAGAAGCCUAUGGGCAGAAAACAUUCUUGUGUGUAAGUGAAGUGAGUCCGUUGCUUGGAAGCCUGCAACAACCCAACUGGUAUCAGGUGGGUUUAUACAGAAGAAUGCCCAAAAUGGAAUGAGGUGAAAGAAUCAUGCCCAUUAGGAAUCAACAAGUUCUAGAUUAGUGGCUGGAAGUUUAAUCCUCAGGAUUGAACAUUUUUUUAGGGUUCCUUUUAUACUACAACCAAGGUGAAGAGAAUCGGGUAACUGAGUUGAAACUUGAAAGGAGCAGCUAUUAUGCAGUGUGCGUUAAAACGUCUAUGGGGCUUGCUUUAUAAUGUACCGGAGUGAUGUACAUAGUAUCUGGCGGACAGGCUCUUGAACUAUCAAUCGUUAAGCCCCAACAAGUGAACAACCUUUGCUACUUUCCUUUAUGUUUUGUCAGUCAUUUAUAUAAGUUGUAGCAGGUGAUCAUUUGAAGGAUUUAUCCAUUGUGAAAAUCGUAGAAUCCUCUAGUGCAAGACAUUGCAAAAACUUUUGGUCGGAGUAGUUCCUUGCAUCUGUACAACGAAAUUUUAAUUUUUAUUACCUGCUAUCUUGUAACAAAGAAAUAUGUUUGCUGUAUUGUAUGAAGUUACCACUUUGCGUUUUGUUUCAACGGGAACUUGCAUUCCGAUCUUAAAUGAUGGACCCAGUUAACAAGCUGGCCAUUUUGAAUUGUUGGAUCCAAAUUGAGACUGAAUGACAGUGUCGAUGCUGGAGUCAAUGCGCACUUGAUUGUGGAAGUUGAAAUAUCCAACAUGAGUAGGGAUCCCCAUUGAAAGCAGGAUUAUGAGCUUAGGAAAUGCUACGAGUGCAUCAUGGAAAGUUGAGGAGGAGCUUUGAAGCAAGAAGAAUUCUUGGAUUGGGCUCAUAGUAACUAUGCACCCCCAUGGUACAUACAGUAGAGGCUGACUGCUAAACUGCAACUGGAACAAAACAAGCAUAUGGAGAGAGAGAGAGAGAGAGAGAGAGAGGUAUGGCUCUCCAAUUCCAGUUGUAUAGCGAGCUAAGAAAAGAAACAGAAAAGUAAAAUGCUUCUCUAUACUACCCAUUUUUAACUUCUAUUCAUACAUGAAACAAAAUAGAAAACAGUAUAGUAGAAGGAUUUCCAAUUGGGCACAUUACAAGCUUAUAUCAAACAU